AUGACCGCAACAGAUUACAUUCUUACAAAUGACCAGCGAACUUCCAUUGAAGAAGUACUGAGGAUUGUUGGUCCCAAAGAUGCUGCUAAUAAAUACUGUACUCCGUUCAAUGUAUUAAGAUGGAUUAAUAAUUUUGAUGAUAUUGAAGAAGCAGCCAAACGACUACAGUACCAUUUAAAUGUCCGACAAAUUAAGAGGCUGGAUACGAUACACGAAAACAAUGACGAGCUUAACAAAACAUUUUCCAAGCAUUUUCCUCUCCAUGUGGUCGGACGAAAUCGAUUUGAUGACAACAAGGUCGUGGUAUACGAACCAACGGGUAAUAUUGAUGUCUACAACUUACUCGAAAAAGUUCAGUUCACUCCGUUUAUGAAAAGCCGCUUUCAAAAGCUUGAGGCAGUCUUAAGAACAGUCAACAAAUACGAGGAAGAAACCAAACAGCUCUCCAGUGCAAUACUAAUUAUUAAUUUAGAAGGGCUAGUCCUUCAGUCCAACUUGGUCAACAUUGUCAAAGGGCCAUAUCGGAUAAUGUGGGGAACUUUGUUUGACGAGUACCCUCAGCUGUUUUCUCGGAUAGUCGUGAUCAAUGCACCAUCAUUUAUGAACAUUAUAUGGGCCGCGGUCAGCCAAUUUCUAGACGCUGAACUUACGGAGAAGAUAACAAUUUUAACAGAAGAAACCCACAGCGAAAUUUUUGAAUAUAUUGACCCGUCCUACUUGCCAACGUCGUGUGGAGGGGAACUGGAUGACGAAAGCUUAUCAGAAAAGAUCCCAUCCUUUGAAACAUUCCCACCACCUUCAGGAGAUCCCAAUGUGCUUCUCAAGGAAUUAAUAAUUCCAGCGGGCGGCUCUCUCGUUCAAGUCUAUCACUUCGAUGAAAACACAGAAUUGGAAUUCUACUUAAACCAUCAAGAGGAAUUUUCAUACAUUAUAUUGUACUCCGAAGAAAAUAUUGACUAUAAUAAAUGGGGCGAAGAAGAACUACAGGAGGUUUAUGCAGGAUGCGAACUACCUGGUCUCGCUACGACUGACUACUGGAAAUGGAAAACUCCAUACACAGGCUAUUACUACAUUUGUUACGGUAACGAAAAAGCCUGGUUUUAUUCAGUGUUGGUCAAUCAUCUUAUAAACAUCUGCGACGCUUAUGAGUCUACUUCAGCCUUACCAAUUGCAGAAUUUUGA